UAUGGGAAAAGCGGGGCGCUGGCUCUCCGCCGGCUCCGGGAGGGUGCGGCGGACUUGACCGUGGGCGGGAGACGGCGGCGCCCCAGACGCAGGCGGAGCCUCACUGGAGGCUGGGCCUCCGGGCAGCGCGAAGCAGGCAUCUGUGGCUAGUAGCUGGUGGGAGACUGGACUAGUCCUGAGGAGAGCCUGGACGGGCACCUGAGCCGAGCCUGCCGCAGAGCAGUCAGUAUGCUGCGCUUCCUGGGACCCCGGCUGCUUUGCCUCCGUGGCAGGACUGCCCCAUACUCCUCAGCAGCUGCCCUCCCAAACCCCAUCCUGAACCCAGACGUCCACUACAACCAGCUCUUCAUCAACAAUGAGUGGCGAGAUGCGGUCAGCAAGAAGACCUUCCCAACAGUCAACCCCACCACUGGGGAGAUCAUCAGCCAUGUGUCUGAAGGGGACCGGGAUGAUGUGGAUCUGGCCGUGAAAGCAGCCCGAGAGGCCUUCCGCCUGGGGUCUCCAUGGCGCCGGAUGGAUGCCUCAGAGCGAGGCCGGCUGCUGAACCACCUGGCUGACCUAGUGGAGCGGGAUCGGGUCUACUUGGCCUCACUGGAGACCUUGGACAAUGGAAAGCCUUUCCAGGAGUCUUACGCCUUGGACCUGGAUGAGGUUAUCAAGGUAUACCGCUACUUUGCUGGCUGGGCUGACAAGUGGCACGGCAAGACCAUCCCUAUGGAUGGUGAGCAUUUCUGCUUCACCCGUCAUGAGCCUGUUGGUGUCUGUGGCCAGAUAAUCCCGUGGAAUUUCCCCUUGGUCAUGCAGGGCUGGAAGCUUGCCCCGGCGCUUGCCACUGGCAAUACUGUGGUCAUGAAGGUCGCAGAGCAGACCCCCCUUUCUGCCCUGUAUUUGGCCUCCCUCAUCAAAGAGGCAGGCUUUCCCCCUGGGGUGGUGAACAUCAUCACUGGCUUCGGCCCCACAGCAGGAGCAGCCAUUGCCCAGCACAUGGAUGUUGACAAAGUUGCCUUCACUGGUUCCACUGAGGUGGGCCACCUGAUCCAGAAGGCAGCUGGCGAUUCCAACAUCAAGAGAGUCACCCUGGAGCUGGGUGGGAAGAGCCCUAGCAUUGUGCUGGCUGAUGCUGACCUGGGCCAUGCCGUGGAGCAGUGCCACGAAGCACUGUUUUUCAACAUGGGCCAGUGCUGCUGCGCGGGUUCCCGGACCUUUGUGGAAGAAUCCAUCUAUGAUGAAUUUCUUGAGAGAACCGUGGAGAAAGCGAAGCAGAGGAAAGUUGGGAAUCCCUUUGAGCUGGACACACGGCAGGGACCCCAGGUGGACAAGGAGCAGUUUGAACGGAUUCUGAGCUACAUCCAGCUUGGCCAGAAGGAGGGAGCAAAACUUCUCUGUGGCGGAGAGCGUUUUGGAGAACGUGGUUUCUUCAUCAAGCCCACGGUCUUUGGUGGUGUGCAGGAUGACAUGAGGAUCGCCAAGGAGGAGAUCUUUGGACCUGUGCAGCCCCUGUUCAAGUUCAAGAAGAUUGAGGAGGCGAUUGAGAGGGCCAACAACACCAGGUAUGGCUUGGCUGCUGCUGUGUUCACCCGGGACCUAGACAAGGCCAUGUACUUCACACAGGCGCUCCAAGCUGGGACAGUGUGGGUGAACACCUACAACAUUGUCACCUGCCACACACCAUUCGGAGGGUUUAAGGAGUCUGGCAGUGGGAGAGAGCUGGGAGAGGAUGGGCUUAAGGCCUACACAGAGGUGAAGACAGUCACCAUAAAGGUUCCUCAGAAGAACUCGUAAGAACGGCUACCAUGGACACUCAUCUCCAGUCCAGUGAUCAUUCCACAAUCAUCUAGACUUGCGGUUGCCAAACAUUUUUCAGCCAUGGAUCUCCUUUUUUUGUUCCAAAGGAACUAUUAGAAGGAAUCUCAAGAAACAGAGCAAUUAAAAUCAGAGCUGCUUUAGCUAAAGCAGGAUGGAGCCUGUCCACCUGUGCCCAGCCCCAGCUUGGGGGCCCUGCAUUACUUCCAUGAAACCUUAGGAGUAUCUGGAAAAUAGGUUAAAAACCACUGAUCUCUGCAAUGGCUUUUAGUUUUUCCUGCUGAUCCAAGGACUUCCAAUGGAAGGACUUCCCAGUGGAUUAACUGAUGGCUUGGUGGAUGGACGCAGGUUAGAUAUAGGAUUAGAAGGCAUUAGGAGUUUGAAAUGAAGUGGAUAUUCACCCCAUUCUUCAUUGACUUAACCUAAAAAUCAAGGGUGCUUUUCCUUUUCUAACUGAUAGUAGUUGGCUGUUUUGCUUGCUUGCCCUUCAUUUUGCUAUUGAUUUUCCUUGAUUUGAGGGAAUAGGUGGGCAAAGAAUAAUGCAUUUACAUAACCAUUCCCUUAAAAUAAACUUAAACAACCCAAAUAUCCAUCAGCCACUGAGUGGAUAAAAAAAAA